AUGGCCACGCGGAUCGUUGCUGUUGGUGGGCUGACUCGCUGCUGUGCUAGAUACUGCGCCGCCCGCGGGCCGAGCAUAGCGAGUGGCACGGCUUGUCUUGACCUGAAGGAGCGCAGCGUUGCUGAGCUGGAGGCCAUGCCGUGGAGCCAAUUGGAGCCCACCAUCAAGACGUGGCUGAGAGACGCCAACAUACUGGCCCUGCCGUGGAGCCAAUUGGAGCCCACCAUCAAGAUGUGUCUGAGAGACGCUAACAUACUGAUCCGAGUGCUACUGGAGGGGGAGCGUCUCCUCUGCGAGGCAGUCCUAGAGGACGCCCCGGAGCUCGACACGGGCGGAGUGUAUCGGCAGCUUCUGUCGGCCUCGCCCUGCGUGGAGGGCUCGGUCAGCAAGCUGGUCGGCACGGCUCGUUCCAUUGCCGGGCUGACGCGGUCCCCUGAGAAGGUGUUUAGCUUCAUGGAGAUGUUCCGAGCGGCAACUGGGCUGAGGGAGCAGGUGCAAUCUGUGCUGAUAGCAGCAGCAGGGGUGGGAGGAGGCUCGCUCUGGCCGCAGUGGCAAGCCCUCCCUGCCCUCCUCGCAUGUGCCAUAUUCGAGACAAUAGACGAGCUCAACAUCACUCUCAGGGAUGUGGAUGGGCUUACCCCGGCAGCCAUGCCCUCGCCCGUCGCUCCAAAGAAGAAGCUUCUCAGCAGGAUAAUUUCCUGGAAGGCGCAGGAGGUGAAGAGCCAGAGCGGGGAUGACGUGGACGUGUCAGUGCAUGCGGUUACCAGCUACGUGGUCAACUACAUAGGGCAGCUAUUGGACAGUGGUAGCGGUGGUGGUGGGAAGAAGGGCAAAGGGGCGGGUGGGAGGCAGAGGAAGAGGCAGCUAGGGGCGGACAUGGAGGCACUGUUGGAUGCGCUCUACUUCAACAUGGAGGCACGGGGAAGGACUAUCGCUGAUGGGCCUUUAUCGGCUCUCUUUGUGCUGAAUAAUGCCAACUACAUCGCUUCUUCCAUCUCCUCGGGUCGAAUGCGGGACGCCAUACGUCACUCCGACCGCUUGGCAGACUAUGAGUCGGCCUUUGAGAGAGCCGCGCUGUGCAAGCUGCUGGCAUGCUUGGAGCCAUUGGAGGUGAGCGCCAAGAUGAGCGCCGACGGUGUUAAGCAGCGGUUGAAGCGGUUCAAUGCGGUGUUUGAGGAGGUGGCACUGGAGCAGCGGCGAUGGAUCGUACUAAGUGACAGCUGUCGCAAGGCCAUGCGCGUGCGAUUCGCCAAGGUCAUCAAGGGGUCGUACAUGGACUUCCUCACACCUCAUCGGGAAAUAAUCUCGGACAUCCCAACCUACCAUUGGUCCCCGGAUGGAGUGGAAAGAAUCAUCUUGAAGAGCUUCUUCCUCGUUGUAACGGAGACAAUCCUUCCUCGCUCCAUCCGUUCCUUGAGCCUGUCGGUUCCCUCAUUGUCAGAAUCAGCAACCACUCAUUUCACGCCGCCUUCCACGGUCCUUUCUAAACCUCCAGCGUCCCACAGUCGCCGCGCCGUACUUCCUCUCCUCGCGUUCUCCCGUUUCCGUUUCCCGGCUACCCACGGUCCCCUCUUUCCGCGCGCCAUGUCUUCCGCCAAGGCCGCCGGAUCUCUGCUCCGCUUCAUCCCGCCGUCGUACCUACCGCAGCGCGGGGACGUGCGGAGCGCCGUUACAUGGGGAACGACUGGAGUCGUCGGCGCGCUGUGGUUGAUUCAGCCCUUCGGUUGGAUCAAGGAGCAGGUCUUCCCUCCUAAGGAGUCCUCCUAG